AAUUAUUUAAAUAAAAAUAUUAAUAAUAUUUAUUUUAUUAAAUAACCAGUGAAAACGUAAAAAUAAAUAAAAAAUUUCCACAACUGCUAAAAAACAAAUGUUGCUAUAAUUUUAUACGUUAUCAAAAUAAAAAGCAAGUGGCCAUUUAAUAUGAGAUUCUCCGUACAUAUUUCAUGGGUAUAUACUGUUGCCAUAUAUGAAAAGAAUGAGAGACUUAGGGCUAGUUACCCUAGCCGCCACCUCCCUCUCCCACUUUUCUUAUCUUCCACAGUUCUUAUCUUCCCCUCCCACACUGUUCGAAUCACUUCCGCUCCUUUCAAUAUGGGUUCCACGGGUGACCACUCCGGCUCCACCAGUGGGGGAGAACAAGGAGAGUCAUCUAUCCCAUUUCAAGACUUCUCUCUUCCGCUGCCCCCCUACAUCCUGGAUUCUGGCUGUCAUCCAUGAGAUCAAACUUCUUAAUACAUCGAUUCAAGGGUUAAACACCACCCUUGAGAACACUGAGUUUUUGAGCCUAAACUCUACCAUUGAGGGGCUUAAAUCCUCCGUUCAAGGGCUGAACACCUCCAUUCAGGGGUUGAAUGGAAGUGCAGAGAAGCUCAGUUCAGAUCUGAACCCAAAAUUUCAAGAAUUGAACAGCUCCAUUCAAACUGUUACUCAACAGUUAGAAUGGUUUGACCCCGACCCGCAGGCAGAUAUCAAUGAUCCCGACAUCUCAAAGGUUGCAUCCAAGCUGGGGAAGGAGAAAGAGAAGAUGAAAGACGACUACCUGAAGAAGCUUGCCAGGGCAGAAGCUGCCAUGUCCGCGGUUCGUAGCAUGAUGGCACAGGUUUUGGUGAUUCUGGUGUCGCUCUCCACAGCAACACUUUCCUCGAACCAUCUCGCGGGGAAAGUUGUAAUUUGGCUCUUUGUGCCGGUUAUUAGCGCUGUGAAAUUGUCUUUCUAUUUGGCGGUGUAUGGAUGCUACAUAAGGCUUAAAGCUAUCGGUCUAGAAGUGCAGGGCCUCCUUGUCAAGAAGGACAGUUUCAAAACCAAGCUUAAGACAUUUGAGGAGAUGGUAUCAAGAAGAGGGCGGCCCAAUGACAUGGAGAACCCACAAUCUCCCCCACAAUCUCCUCGACAAUCUCCUGAGGCGGAGCGGAGGAGAGAAGAGAUAGUUGCAAAGCUUAAGACCUUCAAGAAAGAAAUGGACUCUGUUGAGAACGUCACUACCCCUUGCUAUGUGGAGCUUGUUCUCACAACCUUCCUGUCUACUGUGCAAGCUGUUGUUCUUAUUGUGUUGAUCUUUACUACUCACCAUAAAGUUGCCGCUGCUGUUGCCCCCCCUCCAGUCCCUACUUGAAGGAUUUACAAUUUUUUUUAUGGGCUGUCUAUUUGUUUUUGAUUGUUGUUGAAUGUUGACUUGUUGGAUCUGGACAUUUCCAUGCUUAGCUUAAUUAAUAUGCAGUUAUCGUGUUUAGGUUAAUUG